AUGGCGUCUGUGUGGAAGCGGUUGCAGCGUGUCAACAAGCGUGCUGCGAAGUUCCAGUACACCGCGUCCUACCACCGAGUUGACUUGGAGACCUCGCCGAAGUGGAAACCCAACAAAUUAAGCGUGGUGUGGACCAGGAGAUCGAGACGUGUGAUCACAGAUCCUUUAGAAUGGGAGCCAUCUUUGAAGGACCCCCUCAAAGGCACAGUAAUAUACACCGUGCCAGAAAACCGGACGGUGGCUGUGACAUUGUUCAAGGACUCGCGUACCAACGAACUGGAGGAUAAGGACUGGACGUUCGUGUUAGAAGAUGUAUCAGUGACAGGUAAACGGCGUCGUUUGGCGGUGUGUUCCAUCAACAUGCGGAAGUACGCGAGCCUGGAGCCCUCGCAGCGGUGCCUGGUGUUGAACCUGGAGCCCACCACACAGAAGAUCGUCGCAGCCUCCAUACAUCUCACGCUGCACUGUGUGCUGCUGAGAGAGGGGCAGGCUACAGACGAAGACAUGCAGUCAUUGGCGUCACUGCUGUCAGUGAACAACAACUCGGACAUAGCCGUGCUAGAAGACUUAGAUGAAGAUGAUUACACACUGUCUGAUCACUCCACGAGACAGAUGUUUGACCUCCGCCAACAAAUGGAAGAAAUGACCCAAAGCCUUACCAGCAGUGACAUAGCAGCCACCCCCAACAGCGUCCAGAGUCUCAACUUCGACAACUCCCGCACGCCCACAGCGCCUAUAACCCCAGAAAACAAUAGCCCCACAACCCCAGUCCCUCGCGAUCCAACCCCUAACGACAUUGACUCUAAAGUUGACCCUCUAAUACCUAAAUCGAGACCCGAAAUGUUAAGUAAUUUAACCAAGAUGGCCAUGAAACCAGAACCCAAAUUCUCCUCAACACCAAAAACGAACAUAAUCAUAGAACCUAAGACAGACACCUUCAAAGGCAUACCGUUUAAACCCAAGACAUUUACGAAAAGGAACCUUAAGCCGCUGGAGUUAAAGACUAAUUUGAAUAGUAUAAACUUGGAUAGAAAUGAGAAUGAGAAAGAGGAGGACAGCGAUAAGACUCCUACUGCUGCUGAUAUGGAGUUGUUCCCGGGGAGGUUUGAGAAGGAUAAAACUCCGGUGCAAGAUCUGCUGGAGUGGUGCCAGUCUGUAACUCGCGAGUACAAGUCGUGUCGAGUCACCAACCUGACGACCAGCUUCCGCUCCGGACUCGCCUUCUGCGCCAUCAUACAUCGGUUUAGACCUGAUCUCAUCGACUUCUCCGGGCUGCAGCCGGACGAGGCGGAGCGCAACCUGCGCGUGGCGCUGGAGGCGAGCGCCACGCUGGGCAUCUCGCAGGUGCUCACCGCCGCCGACGUCACCUCGCGCCACACCCCCGACCGACUCGCGAUUAUGACAUAUCUAUUUCAAUUGAGGGCACACUUCACUGGUAGUGAACUGCAAGUGGAACAGCUGGGUAACGACGAAACAGAGUCUUCAUACCUAGUCGGCCGCCAUGAUACCGACGGCUCCAUGCCCCAAGAUUUGUUCAGCAGAGAGAUCAGCACCCGGAGAUCUAGGAAUAUGUCGGAUAGGCCAAGGCCAGGGUCUCAAGACUCGCAAGAGUCUCGGCAGUCCCAGGAGCGCGCCAGCCCAGACAAGCCGAGCUCCCCCACUGCUAUGAAGGACGUGCGCGACAUGUUCCUGCAGCAAUCCAAGACUAUCCUGGGCAAGAUGCUGUCCCCCGCCAGGGACCUGAGGCUCCAGGAUACGCAGAAAUCCACAGCCAAGUGGUUCACUGACCCUUUAAAAGUUAGUGAGUCGCCUCCAGUCCGACCGGAGAAGCUGAUGACCCGCAAGGAGUUGACAGAUCCGUUCGGCUCUGACGAUGAGGAGGAACAGCCACCAGAUAAUGCUGUGACGCAACCGCAGAAUCAAAAUAAUGGGAAUAAUGAAAUCGUCAAACCGGAAUCCAAACCACCCCCUGCAACGGAACAGACGACGGAGUCACAACAGGAACAAAUAGACAACCGCCAACAGAAUAACGUUCCUAAGCCAACGUCUCCGGAACUGCCAAAACCCACGCCGCAAUUGCUCUCGCGUCACGAUGAGCUCAAAGAGCGAGCGAGACAGCUCCUAGAAGCCACCAAACGCGAGGCGAGAGAAAAGGACAGGAAUAGAAGGCAGAAUUCGAAGGAGAGGGAUGAAAAUGUUGAUUUAAAUGGUCAUAGAAAUGGUGACGUCAGUCCUAAGAAGCCUAUGACGGAGGAAGAGAGACAAGUGAUGUUGCGGGAGCGAGCAAGGAAACUGAUUGCUGAUGCCAGAGCCGGUAUUGUAAGCCCGACAUCUCCGCUGUCACCGUCCCGCAACUCUCGCACCGGCACCGUCGAGAUUAUCAGCAAACAGUCUGUCAUGGACGAGAUUGUCGCAGCUGGUGGGGUAGAACAGCUGGAUGCAAUGCUGGGCAGAACGGAUUCCGUACCCUCGAGUCCUGGCUCCAGGAAAAGUUCUAUUAGUCCUGAUAGAUCUGAGGGUCGCGUGAGCGGUGGCGAGGAGACGCUGGGCCGCGACGACGCGCGGCGCUCCCCGCUGCAGUCCUUCUCGGCGCUCGUCGACCGCCUCACGCCCGACAAAGACCUGCCCGAUGAGGGCAAAGAGACCGGCUCGUACAUACAGAGUGAGCUGGAGGCGUUGGAGAAGGAGCAGUUCGCCAUCGACGAGAGAGCUGCAGCGCUGGAGAAGCAGCUAAGGAGAGUUAUGGAGUCUGCUGACAAUACUGAGGAGGAAGACAGACUGAUGUCCCAAUGGUUCAACUUAGUCAACAAGAAGAAUGCGCUUCUCAGAAGACAGAUGCAGCUCAAUAUUCUUGAGCAAGAGGAGGACCUAAGCCGUCGCUGUGAGCUGCUCGCGCGAGAGCUGAGACUGUCCCUGGGGGUGGACGAGUGGCGCAAGACUCCAGGACAGAAGAGGAGGGAGAGGCUGCUUCUGCAGGAACUCCUUUCCGCUGUGAACGAGAGAGACAGACUAGUUCAAGAAAUGGAUGAACAGGAAAGAGCGAUAGCAGAUGACGAUGAGAUAGAACGUAACCUAUCACAGGUAGAAAUCCAGCGCAAGAAUAACUGUAUACUUCAGUGA